GUGUACGCCGUAAUUAUUAAUUCCUUAUAUUCUACAUUAUUAAAGAACGUGACAAACAUUGAAAAUUGCAAAUGCCCAGAAGCUGUACAUAGAAAUACACAUAUUAUCUCUUCAAGAGUCGAGCAAAUCAUCGCAAAGCACAAGAAGCGCAAACGACGAAUUAUCAUUUCUAAAGAAAAAUGUCGUGGGUACCUCCAAAUCUAACAAGCAUUUGCUCUACCAGUCCUGAACUGACAUCCUGUCAACCACAAGCACUUACGUUUCUGGCACUCAUCACUAAUCUAUUCGGUAAUACCAGUGACGUGUCCUGUCCACAUAAUGACACAGAAAAGGAAUACGAUUUUAUAAUCGUGGGAGCUGGAUCAGCCGGAUGUGUUCUUGCAAACAGGUUAAGCGAAAUAAACGAUUGGAAGAUAUUAUUAUUGGAAGCUGGUAUGGAAGAACCAGAUGUAGCUGAUGUUCCAGCUUUCGCCAAUCUGCUAGCAGGCAGCAAUAUCGAUUGGAGGUAUCACACACAACCACAGCAGUACGGUUGUCUAGCCAGGGCGAACAGAGAGUGUGUGGUCCCAAGGGGUAAAGUGAUGGGUGGUUCUAGUACUAUCAAUACGUUAAUAUACGUCCGUGGUAACAGAAGAGACUACGACGAAUGGGCAGAAGCAGGAAACGAUGGCUGGAGCUACAAAGAUGUUCUACCAUAUUUUCUUAAAUCAGAAAAUAACUUGAACCCAGAGAUAGUGGAAGAGAAUCCACAUUACCAUAGGCAAGGUGGUUACCAAUCUGUAGAACGAUUUGCGUACGACGACAUCAACAACGAUAUCAUACUGAAGGGGUGGAAUGAACUUGGUUACGAAUACGUAGAUGUCAAUGCAGAGACCCAAUUAGGUAUAAUGUAUCUACAAACAUUCUCCGCCAAUGGGACACGUCAAAGCACUAACAAAGCGUUCAUACAACCCAUCAGAUGCGAACGCACAAAUCUAACGAUUAAAACAGAAACAUACGUUACUAAAUUGCUUGUAGACAAUGAAAAAAAACGUAUAACAGGCGUCGAAUAUACUUCAGGAAACAACCGAACUAAAUUAAACAAAGUUCUUGCUAAAAAGGAGGUGAUUGUUUCAGCUGGAGCCAUUAAUUCUCCAAAAAUCCUUAUGCUCUCUGGAAUUGGACCAAGAGAAGAAUUAAAGAAACAUGGUAUUCAAGUAAUUAGAAACUUAUCGGUUGGAAGGAACCUUAUGGAUCAUCCAACAAUGAGUAGUGUUGUAAUUAAUAUCAAUUCUACUGCCACGUAUGAGAAUCUCUCCAUGAUGGAGGAAGACGUUUCCAAUUAUAGGAUGACACAUGGUGGACCUUUAUCUGAAAUUGGUACUCUCUCAGCCUGUGCUUUCGUACGAACAUCCUAUGAACACGAAGAAGGAGUACCAGACAUAGAAUUUUUAUUCCGUGGUACUAUUCGAGAAGAUUUUCUAAAUGAUCCAGUAAAUUCUUAUGACGAAAAUAUCGUCCCAUUCUGUUACUAUGAUGCUAUUAACAUUGUGCCAAAUUUAUUGGCGCCUAGAAGCAGGGGAAAUAUAUUACUGAACAGAAGUGAUCCUAUAUGGGGAGCACCCUUAAUUGAUUAUAGGUAUUUCUCCAAUGAAACAGAUUUGGACGUGUUAACGGAAAGUGUGGAAAUAGCUUUAAAAUUGUUUGAUACAGACUCGUUUAGGAAAAACGACUUCAGAUUGAUUAAUAAAUCUUUGCCUGGUUGUGAAAAGUAUGAGUUUGGUCGGAGGGAUUAUUGGAAAUGCGCGAUCAGGCAGUAUACAGAAACUAAUUAUCAUCCGUCUGGAACUUGCAAGAUGGGACCAAAGUCGGACCCAGACGCUGUGGUGGAUGAGAGAUUGAAGGUUCAUGGAAUCGAUGGUUUGAGAGUUGUGGAUGCCUCGAUUAUGCCAAGGGUUACUAGAGGAAAUACGAACGCACCUACUAUUAUGAUCGCGGAGAAAGCUAGUGAUAUGAUUAAGGAGGAUUUUGGUUGUCUGGCUGAUGGUGAUGAUGAUGCAGCGUGAUGGAUUGAUGAGUCGAGGAAAGAUUAACUGUGGAAACUAAUAAACUAACCCCGAUUUAUGCACUGUAAUAAUGAAAUAAAUAUUAAAGUAAUAAAUAAUGUAAUCAUGUAAUGUAGAAAUAAACUAAUGUGUACACAUUAUGGUAUGGAGUAA